AUGUUAUUUAUUGUUGGGCUGGCUCUUUUAUUGUGUGCGAAAGCGUUUCAAAUGGAAAUCCCAGUGAAUGGGUUCAGGUGUGUCACUGAAGAAGUGUUUGAAGGCCAAGUAGUGCAUGGUAUAUAUGGUCUUGCUCCUGGUGCACAGUUGAACGGACGUCAACUUGAGUUUAAAGUAUUUGAUGAUGAAGGAGAGGAGUUGUUAGUGUCAGAAAUUAAAGAGGGAGAAACCAAAAACAAAUAUGCGUUGACACCGGACAACGACGGCGAUUUAGAUUUUUGUUUUGUAGAUACCACUGCUAUGGGCUCUAAAGUUCCUUUAAUGGUGACUUUAGACAUCACCGUGGGGUUUAAUGAUAAACAACAAACACCACUCGCUGGAAAGGACAAAAUCUCUCAUACAGAAGAGAUGGUCGACGACGCACACAAAUCUGCGUAUUACAUCAUCGAGUAUUUACAAGAGUGCCAAAAAAUAGAAUACCACAGAAGAGAUAUUAAUGAGGCUACAAACUCAAGAACAAUGUGGUUCUCAAUUUUGACAAUGAUUAUCGUCGUUUUACUUACAUUGUUCCAAGUAAAUUCCCUCAAAAACUUCUUCUUGAGAAGAAAACUCAUUUAA